UCUGCCUGUUGCCUGCCUCUGUAUUGAUCAAGGGAGGUGUAACUUAUCCAAGGCACCAUAUUUGUGUACCUACUUGGUUCAUUUAUGGCAGAGCUCACUUUUGAAAGGGUUGUAAUGCUAUGAAGGUGGCUGGUGUCCUCCAUCCAAUACACACGAUCACAGGCCAGAUGCUCUUACUACCUUAGUAUCUGUCACAGCAACAGACAGGAAAUGGAAUAUGUGUGCAGUAGAACUGGUUUUUUUGUUUUGUUUUUACCUUUAGAUCCAGGAACUUGAGGAGAUGGGGCAGGGGCAACCUUUUACCAAACCUUUGCAGUGUGGCAGAGACAGAAAAUUGGUGACGGUAGUGCAGGUACAGCAGGCAAGAAGGAUAAGGAGAAAUGCCAUUUAAAACCAGAGUGCCGCUUUUUCUCCAUGGUCAGAGAUCUGAAUUUUCGAACCACACCCCUAUCUGGACCAGGCACCUGGUGCUUUCCUUGGGGGUUCCUCAGCUGACUGUCACCUCAGUCUCCAUCCUCUUCAACUCUGCCGUGAUCCUCGCCAUUGCAUGCUCCAAAGACAUGCACAAGCCCAUCUUCAUCCUCUUCUGCAACCUGGCCAUCGCCGAUCUCCUCUCCAGCUCUUCAAGCCUCUGGAUCGCCAUCUUGUUCAUCACCAACCCGCAAAGCACUGUCGAUGGCUCCAAGGCUCUCCUGCUCGCGUACACCUCCUACACCAUGUCGAUUCUGGCCACCAUCUACAAUUUAGUCAGCAUUGGGUUCGAGCGCUACUUGGUGGUGACUGAAAGCCUGAAGUCGAGAUACUGGGUCACCAGAAACCAGACCUUGAUAGUUGUGUUGGGUAUCUGGAUGCCUGCUGUCUUCUUGGGCUUCAUGCCUCUGAUGGGGUGGAACUGCUUGGAUGCGGCCAAAUCCUCUGUCCUUUAUAGCCCUCUCUGCAAUGACUACCUCAUCUUCAUCACUAUCCCCCAUGGCACUUUGGCCAUCAUCUUGCCUUUCUUUACCUACUUCAAAAUCAUCAUCUUUUUGAGGAAACAGAAGACAACCAUGGGAGCCUUGGGUCAACCCUUUGGCACCUACAGGUUGGCCGAACUCCAGGUAGCUAGGAUGAGCAUCUUUAUCUGGUCCUUGGCUCUCCUUUCCUAUGCACCCUUCUUUGUGGGAGUUAUACUCGAUUCAACCUCUCAGCAAAGCCCCGAAAAUCUCCCUGCAGGAAUCUACGUGUUCAGGAACCUGACAGCAAUGAUGAUCACCAUGAAUUCUUUGGGAAACCCCAUUGUGUACACCCUGAAAGUGAAGAAGUUGGGGCACAGACUCAGGUUGUUGAAGUGCCCAUCCAACAAUCGCAUUGAAGUCUACGCCAUCGGGAAAAUAUAAUCUUGGCUCAAAAGUGGACAAACGGGACCCAUCCCUGUGGAUUUUGUCAAGCCUCUUGAAUGGCCAUAUUGGUAGGAUUGGAAUCGCUUGAUGGAGCCUUUUCUUGGGGAGCUGAACUCAGCAAGACUGAUCCACUUCAGCACCAUGAGGAGUGGACAGUUCC